UGUCAGACAGUUGUGAUUAGUUUUACAAUGAUUACUUUGGUGUUUAUUAUUGUUCCUAGUAUUGUGCUUUUCUCAGGUUCUGUACAUCCUGGUGAUUAUCAGGCAAAUCAAGUCCGAACCGUGGAACUUGGUGACACUGUCUCACUGGAGUGUUCUGUAAAACAUAACACAAUUCUUUGGUUUAAGCAAAUCGCUAGACACCAACCACGAAUCAUAUCAGUAUUUCAACAAAAGGGUGAAACCAAUUUUUACUAUGAAUUCAAAGAUGGUCGAUUCCAGAGGAGCCACUUCAAUCUGACAAUUUCACACAUAAAUCAAUCAGAUGCAGCAGUCUACCACUGUGGAUCGAAGGCACAUUAUGUUGCAUUUGGAAGAGGAGCACAACUGAUAAUUAAAGGUCAAAAAGAUUCAAGUACAAUCUCAAAAUCUCACUAUCUGAAUGACUCCAUGGAACGUCAACAGGAGUGCUAUGAAAACAAUACAAAACAAGUAAAUACUGAGGAACAUCAUGGUCCAGUCGUGUUGGGCUUGGCAGUGGCUUUGGGACUCUGUGGAAUUCUAAUUUUCAUCAUAUUGUGUUUGAUAUUUAAAAGAGGAAUGUGUCUACAGUGUCUGACAGGGGUUGCUGUACAAGACGAAAGAGUUAGAGGGCUGGCAGGUACUCGGGACGCUGAUGAUGACAUUUUGACAUAUGCCGCUCUGCGAUUCAGUCGAAAAAAAAAAAAUCUGGAGAAAAGAGAGAACAAUCCGAGCAAAGUGUAA